AUGGACCCGCAUCUUGAUCCGGCGACGGCCAUCGUCAACCCCGAGAGCGAAAAAGUGAUGAGCCCAAUGGAGGUCGAGGAGCCGGUAUCGGUGUUGGAUCACCGGGCGUUUGCGGAAAAGCACCUGGCCGACCUCGGGCAAGAGGAGGAAGACUUUGCGGUCUGCACAUGGCGGAUCGAAAACUGGCGGCAGCUCGACAAGCGCAUCACCAGCCCCGAGUUUUCGUGCGGCGGCCACCGCUGGCGCAUCCUCCUCUUCCCCUUUGGCAACUCCAACGGCCAGCCCAACGACAUGGUGUCGGUCUACCUCGACUACGCCGACCCCAAGGGCAGCCCCGAGGGCUGGCACGUGUGCGCCCAAUUUGCCCUCGUCAUCUCGAAUCCGCACGACCCGACCAUCUUUUCGACCAGCCAGGCGCACCACCGCUUCACGGCCGAGGAGAUGGACUGGGGCUUCACGCGCUUCAACGAGCUGCGCAAGCUCGCCAUCCCCACCGACGGCCGCAGCCGGCCCAUCAUCGAGGACGACUGCGCCAACGUCACCGCCUACGUCCGCGUGCUCAAGGACCCCACCGGCGUCCUGUGGCACAACUUCAUCAACUACGACUCGAAGCGCGAGACGGGCUACGUCGGCCUCAAGAACCAGGGCGCCACCUGCUACAUGAACUCGCUGCUCCAGUCGCUCUUCUGCACCCACUACUUCCGCAAGGCCGUCUACCAAAUACCCACCGAGGGCGACAUCCCGACCGACAGCGUGGCGCUCGCGCUCCAGCGCGUCUUCUACCUGCUCCAGACGUCCGACCAGCCGGUGGGCACCAACGAGCUGACCAAGUCUUUCGGUUGGAAGUCGCUCGACAGCUUCCUCCAGCACGACGUCCAGGAGUUUAACCGCGUGCUGCAGGAGAAGCUCGAGACCAAGAUGAAGGGCACCGCCGCCGACGGCGCCAUCAGCCGGCUGUUUGUCGGCAAGAUGCGCAGCUACCUCAAGUGCGUCAACGUCGACUACGAGUCGUCGCGCUCCGAGGACUUCUACGACGUCCAGCUCAACGUCAAGGGCAUGGCGACGCUGGCCGACUCGUUCCGCGACUACAUCCAGACCGAGAUGCUCGAGGGCGACAACAAGUACCACGCCGAGGGGUACGGCCUGCAGGACGCCAAGAAGGGCGUCAUCUUUGAGCGCUUCCCGCCCGUCCUCCACCUCCAGCUGAAGCGGUUCGAGUACGACAUCGAAAAGGACGCCAUGGUCAAGAUCAACGACCGCCACGAGUUCCCGCUCGACAUCGACCUCGGCGCCUACAUCGACCAGGACUCGCCGGCCAGCCGCGAGCCGUGGCGCUACCGCCUCCACGGCGUCCUCGUCCACUCGGGCGACCUCCACGGCGGCCACUACUUUGCGCUGCUCAAGCCCGAGCGCGACGGCAAGUGGUUCAAGUUUGACGACGACCGCGUCACGCCCGUCACCGACCGCGAGGUGCUCGAGGACAACUUUGGCGGCGAGAUCUCCAACGGCCACCUCGGCGGCCAGAUCGGCGCCCGCGCGCCCGUCCGCGCCAUGAAGCGCUUCACCAACGCCUACAUGCUCGUCUACGUGCGCGAGUCGCAGAUCGACGAGGUGCUGCGGCCCCUGGCGCCCGAGGACACGCCCGCCCACCUGCGCGAGCGGCUCGAGGACGAGCGGAUGCAGCUCGAGGCGCGGAAGCGCGAGCGCGAGGAGCAGCACCUCUACCUCACCGUCAAGCUCAUCACCGAGGACACGUUCCGCGGCCACCAGGGCUUCGACCUCGCCACGUUCGAGGAGCGCAACCUGCCGGCCACCGAGCUGCCGACGUUCCGCGUGCUCAAAAACGAGCUCUACCUCAACUUCAAGAGCAAGAUCGCCGCGCAGUACAACCUGCCAGAGGAGUCGAUCCGCAUGUGGGUGCUCGUCAACCGGCAGAACAAGACGGUGCGACCGGACACGGUGGUGCCCGAGACGGACCCCAACCUCACCCUCGAGACGGUGCGCGACCGGAUGGCGUCGCGCCAGCACGACCUGCGCCUCUACCUCGAGAUCCUCAACGGCGACAUCCCCGCCGCGGCCGGCCAGGCGCAGGCGCAGGCGCAGGCGCAGCAGCAGCAGCAGCAGCAGAUCGCGGGCCAGCCGGCCGGCGGCGACGCUGCGGCGGCGGCCCCGCCCAUGAUGAUCUUCCUCAAGUACUUUGACACGUCGCGCCAGACGCUGCUCGGCGUGGCGCGCGUCUACGUGCAGCGCAACAUGAAGGUGGGCGACCUGGUGCCGACGAUCAACGAGCUGAUGCGGUGGCCGCCGACGACGCAGGUCAAGCUGUUUGAGGAGAUCAAGCCGGGCAUGAUUGAGCAGAUGAAGCCCAAGGCCACGUUCGCCCAGAGCGAGAUCCAGGACGGCGACGUCAUCUGCUUCCAGAUUGAGCUGUCGGACAAGGACGCCCACGACUACGAGUCGCAGUCGCUCUACUCGAACCCGAUCCAGUUCUACGACUUCCUGCAGAACCAGGUCAAGGUGCUCUUCAAGCCGCGCUACGACGACGUCGAGUACCGCGCCGAGUUUGAGCUUACGCUGAGCAAAAAGAUGACGUACGACAUGAUGGCGGCCAAGGUGGGCGAGCGCCUCAAGCACGACCCGUUCAAGCUGCGCUUCACGACGGCCAACGGGCCCAACGGCUCGCCCAAGACGGUCCUCAAGCGCACCGCCAACCAGAACGUCAACGAGAUCAUCUCGCCCAGCUACAUCCAGGGCCAGGCGUCGCUCCUCUACUACGAGCUGCUCGACGUCAGCAUCAUUGAGCUCGAGACGAAGCGCAGCCUCAAGAUCUUCUGGACGGGCGCCAACAACCGCGAAGAGUCGGUCCACUCGUUCCUGCUGCCAAAGACGGCCAACAUCAACGAGGUGGCCGACCACCUGUCGAAGCUGGUCCAGCUCUCGCCCGAGGGCAGCCGCAAGAUCCGCGUCUUCGAGGCCAUCCAGAACGGCAAGCAGCAGCGCGAGUUCCACGGCACCGACAUGAUUGGCAACAUUGGCGAAAGCGUCGAGAUCUUUGCCGAAGAGGUGUGGCCCGAGGAGCUGGCGUCGGGCGAGGACGACAAGGUCAUCAACGUCUUCCACUUUACCAAAGACGUCGGCCGCACCCACGGCGUGCCGUUCAAGUUUGUCGUCAAGCGGGGCGAGCACUUCACAGAUACCAGGAAGCGCCUCCAGGCGAGGCUGGCGCUGUCGGACAAGGACCUGGCCAAGUUCCGCUUCGCGCUGGUGCAGUCGAGCACGUACAAGCAGCCGACCUACCUCGAGGACGACGACGUGCUAUACGACCACAAGUUCCUGCCAGACGACGUGCUCGGGUUGGACCACCCGGACCGAAGCGGCCGAGCGGGGCGGUACGGCAACGCCGUCGUCCAGGACCGCGGCAUCCGCAUCCGAAGCUGA